ACAUCUCCCAAGGCUGGCACGGAACCUGAAGCGGGGACCGAUCCGGCCGGAGCAGCGCACCCGGAAGCGGGCGCAGACGUACACGCGCAGCGGGGGCCCCGCCCCUUCCGGCCGCGGCGGGCGAAAUAUGGCUACACACACCUUUCUGCAGGAGAACUUCUUCGUGAUGAAAGGAAUAACCCCGAGUCACAGUAUGGUGAACUCAUUGGAAAGUACAUUAAAGAAGGAAAGAUUGUGCCAGUUGAGAUCACUAUCAGUUUAUUAAAGAGGGAAAUGGAUCAAACAAUGGCUGCCAAUGCCCAGAAGAAUAAAUUCCUGAUUGAUGGGUUUCCAAGAAAUCAAGACAACCUCCAAGGCUGGAACAAGACCAUGGAUGGGAAAGCAGAUGUAUCUUUUGUUCUGUUUUUUGACUGUAAUAAUGAGAUCUGUAUUGAACGAUGCCUUGAGAGGGGAAAAAGUAGUGGUAGAAGUGAUGACAACAGAGAGAGCUUGGAAAAGAGGAUUCAGACUUACCUUCAGUCAACAAAGCCAAUUAUUGACUUAUAUGAAAAAAUGGGGAAAGUCAAGAAGAUAGAUGCAUCCAGAUCUGUUGAAGAAGUGUUUGAUGAAGUUGUGAAGAUUUUUGAUAAAGAAGGCUAACUCUGAACCUGAAAGCAUCCUUGAAAUCAUGCUUGAAUAAUGCUUUGAUAGCUGCUAUCCAACCCCUUUUUAAGGCAGUUUUAAUCUUUCAAAAUUACAUCUCAAUUAAUGGCUAGAAAAUGCAUAGUAAAACAUAAAAUACAUAGUAAGACAGUAAAUUUUUUUUUCUCGGUCACAGGAGUAGAUAAUGAAUUCAGGUUUAGCUUCAUCUUAGUUCUUAUGGUGCUCACAAAACAAAGGUAUCAGCUAGUUCUUUGUUUUUAUUAAAAAUAUUGUCCUUUUUAUAGUUUGUGCCUUCUGUGAGCAUAUUACAUCCCUUUAGUAGUUACAACAUGACGACUGGGCAUGGUGGCCACACAUAAUCUCAGUACUCA